AUGACGACGACGGCCACGAAAGAACAAAAAGAGACGAAGAAGAAGAAGAAAAAGAAGAGUAAAACGAAGAACAAGACAAAAGACCGCAAAGAAAAACAGCAUGAACCGAAAAAUGAAGAGGAAAAAAUGAAGAAGAAGAUCCGCGCGGCGAAGCGAGGCACGCGCUCUGAGCUCUCCGUCUCCAAAGGCGGUUGGACUAAGCACGGAUACGCCUACGACAACGCGAACGUUUUGAACACGACAAACUUAAAAUCAAAAGCGGGGAUUAUCGAACGCAUAUCCGCGAAAGAAGUCUCCCCAGAAGAGUUCGACAGACGCUUUUCCUCGACGAGAACGCCGUGCAUAAUCACCGACGCCAUGGACCAUUGGCCGUGCUUUAUGAAAACGUUGAAUAGCAAAGGGAAAGAGGAUAACCCGCGAGAGUGGACGAUUGAUAAGUUACAAAAAAGGUUUUCGAAGGAUAGAUUCAAAGUCGGUUCCGAUGACGAUGGGUACGCCGUACGAAUGACGAUGACUGAGUUUCAGUUUUACUGCGACGAGGAAAGGAAUCCUGACUACGGUUGCAAAAGAGACGAUAGUCCAUUAUACGUUUUCGACGGUUCUGUCUUUGAUAAAGAGAAUACGAAAGAGCUCGAGAAAGAUUUCGACAUUCCGAGUUACUUCUCCGAAGACUUGUUCAAAUACGUCGGACAUAAACGAAGACCUCCGCACAGAUGGGUCGUGUUUGGACCGCCGAGAAGUGGAUCCUCAGUACACGUCGACCCGUUAGCGACGUCCGCUUGGAACGCGUUGAUUUCUGGACAGAAACGCUGGGUGUUGUACCCGCCAGAUAAAGGCUUGUCAAAACCUCUUCUGAAACCAAAAGGUAUUGGAUUAGACGGAGAAUCAGUCACGUGGUUCCAAAAAGCAUAUCCAAUGACACAAACGCGAGAGUGGUCGGAAGUUGGCGGAUGUCCAAAGAGUUUCGACGUCGUACAAAACGCCGGCGAGAUUAUGUUUGUCCCAGACGGGUGGUGGCACGCCGUGUUAAACAUCACGCAUACCGUCGCGGUUACGCAAAAUUUCUGCACGACGCCGAGAUUUGACGCAGUGUACAGAGCCACGCGACGGGGAAGACCAAAAAUGAGCAAAAAAUGGCUCGAAAAGUUGAAAGCGAAGGGCCGACAAGAUUUAUACGACACCGCCGUGCGCCAGCCGAGACGCUCGGAGUACUCCGAGAACGAAAAGACUUCGUCGUCUUCAUCGAGCAGCAGCGAAGGAGAGAGCGACACGGAAGAUGCCGACGAUCGAAUGGUUCGAUUAAAAGAAGAGACGAGAAGAUUGGCAAAACACGGAGGCAAGCGAGAGAGAGAGGAAGAGGAGGUGUAA